GUCCACAUUAAUAGUAUAGUUUGAAAUCAGAUGUCAGCCUGUGUGACCCAGUUCUUCCUUUCUACCACGUCUCUUCUGAGGACCAGACCAGGUCUAUCAGUCUUGGUUGCAAGCAAUUUUACCUGCUGAGCCAUGCCAUAAUGAGCACUGAGCCCUGAUAUUUUUUUGUUAGUUGUUUAUUUUUUGUUUGUUUGUUUUUUAAACAGGCUGAUGAUGUUCAGGCUGACCAUGAACUUCAGAUCUUUCUGCUUCCACCUCCAGUUACUAGGAUGACAGGAUUUAUUACCAUGCCCUGUUUAUGCAAAGGUCUUGUGUGUGCUGAGCAAGUAUUCUAUCCAAUGACUGCCAUUUGAUAUGAAAACAUUGAUGUAGCUGAGUUUUUCAUAUACAGGUCUACACUGAGAACCUGCUCCAAAACCAAACCAAAACUGCAAACACAAACAUUUGUUAAAAAACUGUGUGUGUGUGUUUUGAGAUGGAGUCUAUUUCAGUUGCCUAGAAUGGCCUAGAACUCACACUGUAGCCCUUAAAUCCUGCCCCUUGGCUUGGUUUCCUAAGUACCUGGGGAACAGGGCUGGACUAGGGAGUGAGGAAGCCAGAGCACAGAGUGGCUAACUGUGUCCUGGGGCUCACAGGUAGUAGCCAGAGGUGCAUGACAAGAUCAGAAUGUUCCUGGGUUGGAUUAGAAUCCAGAACCAUGCUUCACCAUGGAUGGGAAGAGUCCCAGUAUUCAAUCUUGGGGGUCAAAAUGUCCUGAGAGUCUCAUGUGGGCUAGGGCCACAAAUGCAGUGUCAGGCAUUGCUUAUGAAGAGAGAGAUAUACACUGCUGAGUCCAUAGUCAUGGCUUAGUUGGAGCUGCAGUGGCCUCAUAUAGAUGGUGAGUGAGCAUGCCAGGGCCAGAGCUGAGCUCGGAAGUCCCUGGACAAGGACAAGGAGAAUGAUGCAAAAGAGGCUUCCGUCUUGCUCGGUUGUAGAGCACACUGGGCUGAGAUUACACAAAACUGAAAAUCCUCCCAGGUGGCAAAGUAUUGCAAAAUCCUUCCAAUUCUCACAUGGGAAACUGAAACAGAGAAGGGAAACUGUCAUGGCUAGAGCAAUUCUGGGUAUUGUUCCAACUGGUUAUUGUAACUAUGGUAACAAGUGUGGUGCACUUACAUCUGUCUGAAUAUCAGGCAUAGGGUCGGGAAGUCACUCAACAAAGGUGAAAGACAACAAAUGGACAUUAGCAUGAUUUGAACCCAUGUAUACCAUGUGUACUCAUAAAAUUUUUAAGUCUGCAUGUAUUUAUUGAUUUAGGUGUGAGAGCAUGCAUGUGUGGGAAUCAGAGGACAACUUACCUGAAUCCAUGUUCUCCUUCAACCAUGUGGUUCGCAGGGACAGAUCUCAGAUAGAAAAACAGGCUUGGCAGCAAGUAUCUUUACCACCAGAAUCAUCUCACAAGCCCUCAGUUGUAUCAUUUUGUGAGAAUGUGCAUGUGUGGAGGUCACAGGUCAAAGUUGGGCAUUUCAUAAUUGAUAUUAUACUCCAAGUUGACUUUAUCGUUAUUGGGCAUAGCACAGCAUCUCCAGACUCCAGAAUUCCCCGAGAUGUGCCAAUGGAGACUCUAAGGACAGGGGAGCCAUUGUGGCUUUCUCUCUAGAGCCAAAUAGACAAAGUAUUUGUUGACCUAAAGUUCAGACAGUGGACAGUGCCUGGCUUAUUUGUGCUGUGUGUACACAGGGCCUUGAGUCCUUAAAAGAUAAUCUGUGUUUUUGAUUGUGGUAACAAAUCACACCCCCAUAAAUUCAUGGCUGUAUUGUCCACAUAUUGCUUUACUUUUCCUGUUUGUCAUUCUGGCCCUAUAUAUUCCACUCCUUUUGUGCUUUGUUUUACCUGAGAUCAAGUUCAAAUCCCUAAAAGCUGAAUAUUUCCCCCCCUGAAGAGGCCAAUCUGGAUGCCAAGAUUUGAUGAACAUCAAAACAUGAUCUGUUAUCCCUUCAAGGGUAACAAAGUAAUUGUUUGAAUUUUUUCCUUCCCAAACAUUUAAAUGAGGAACAUUUUCAGCACCUGGGGCAUUCAAACACAAGUUCUGAGUUGGUUCAGCUCCUGUCCUGAAUCUGGUACCCUGUACCGAGCUCCAGUGAAGAGGUCCCUGGUUGCAUCCUGGCUCCGGGUGGCCGCUCAUGAAACCCCAGUAAUUACAGAACUUCCAAAAAAGCCUUUGUGUUAAAGGAACCUUUAAGGUGCAGCAGGCUAUCCUGGCCAGCUCAUAGGAGGAGGAAACACGGAAAGGCCAAAUGAGAGUCUUGCUGCUGAGAAUCUAGUAACUACUGGCUCUAUGGAUCAUGGUCAGGUAAUGGGACAUAGAGAAAAUCAUCUCUGUACAGAGAUGGAUAGCUUGCUGGAUCCAGCCUGGACCAGGUGCCUCAGGGACAUGUCCCUGCUUCAGCCAUCUGUGACCAAUGAAGUUCAGGUUUUGAUUUAGGUACAGAGGUGUGUGGUUGUGUCUUGCUAUAGAUGCAGCUGAUGCAAGCCCAGGGCUGUUGAGGAGACAGCUCAGCCAUUCAGUCUCCAUCAUUGACCUCUGCAAGAUAAAGCCUUAGGGACCACCUUCCUCAGCUUGCAGGAUGAUGUCCAGAUCUCCUGCACUGGGAAAUCAGCCUGGACAUUACCAAUGGUACUCAGCUAGCCCCAUCACCCCAUGACUGCCUACACUCUCCCUGUGAUUCCCAUUACUCUGCAACACUUCAUAUGUUACAACUUCUGAUAUGCCAACUACAACACAAGUAUCCACCAGGAAAGUGUAAGCUCACUGUGAAAGGGAAACAUAACCCGUGUGGAACAUGGGAUGAUGGCAGGAAUGUGGCAGAUUGGCUUAGUAUGAGCUUCUGGACCCAAAACUCAGUUAUGGCGAUAAACAUGAGUACAGUGCGAUAUUUAAGAUAUCUAGGGAAUGUUGUGGCUCAUAGGUAAAGCCCCUGCAUAGAAUACCCAUCAUUUUUUCUAUAGAUAAUUAAAAAAGGUCUCAGCCUCCAGGAGUACGCAGAAGAUAUUGCAAAGCCUGGCAUUGUACUGCUGAAUUCAGAUCAUGAAAGGUAACCCUUUGACUCUGGGAAAUGUUCUGAGUGGGCCUUCUGGAGGCACCAAUAUCAAAUCUGAUCCAAUCAUUAUCUGUCAGCAUCAAAACUCCCAAAGUUAGCACAGAGUGGUUUAUUAACUUCAUAUUUUUAUAUGCCCAUGAGAACAGACAAUAGGCACAAAGAGGUAUUGUAUAGUACAAAGAGCUUCUGAAUUAAAUCACUUUGUGUAUUUUAAAGAUAUAUUAACCUCGGAAUGGAUACUGGGAUAUGUGUUCCAUUGGGGAAGAGAUUUUGCCUUCAUUUUCACAUGAGAAAAAAAGCGAUCAAUGCCAUCAAGAUUGAUAAAGGAUGCAGUGACCUAUGAGGAUGUGCGUGUGAACUUCACUCAUGAAGAGUGGGCUUUGCUGGAUCCUUCCCAGAAGAGUCUCUACAAAGAUGUGAUGCUGGAAACCUACUGGAACCUCACUUGUAUAGGUUACAAAUGGGAAGACUGUAAUAUUGAAAAACAUUGUCAGAACUCUAGAAGAAAUGGAAGGUGUAUCAUCUGUCACUCUCGAUACAAGCCAUGUGAGCAUAAGGGACAUGAAAAGAAACAUUGUAAUUCUGUCUGUCUUAGAACAACUGAAAGAUAUGUGGUUGUCCCCACUAUGAGAAGACAUGAUGACUGUGAUACAAGCUUACAGUUAAUUGGUUUUCCAACUUCAGUGGGAAUUCAUCAACAAACUCACAUUGGAGAAAAACCUUAUGAGUACCAGGAAUGUGGAAAUUCAUCUCUCUCUACUGGUUCACUGUGCACAUGUAGUGUGCCUCAUAGUUUAAGAAAAUGUUAUGAAUGUAAUCAGUGUGUUCAAACUCUAUAUUCUUCAGAUUCUCUUCAAAGUUGUAGAAAAGCUUAUGUGGAAAGAAAAAAUAAUAAAUGUGAGUCAUCUGCUAAAGGCUUUAGCCAUUACAGACAUCCUCAAACACACACCAAAAACAAUAAUGAAGAGGAUCUCUAUAAAUGUAAUCAACAAGCUAAAGCCUUUAGAUCUGAUUGGUCUUUAAAAGUACACCAAAGAACUCAUUUGGAAGGAAAACCCUAUGAGUAUAAUAAAAGUUAUAAAGCUUUUGAAUGUCACAGUCUUCAUCAAGUCCAUAGAAUUCAAACUAAGGAGAAAAGGUAUGAAUAUCAGCAAUGUGAUAAAGCCUUUGCAUGUCCCACUUAUGUUCAAAUUCAAAGUAGACGUUAUACUGAAGAGAAAGCUUAUGAAUGUAAUCAAUGUGGUAAAACCUUUGCAUAUAAAAGUUAUCUUCUCACUCAUCUAAAAAAUCAUAAUGGAGAAAAAUCCUAUGAAUGUAAUGAAUGUGGCAAAGCCUUUGCACAGAAGAGUAGUCUUCUCAGUCAUGAAAGAAUUCAUACCAGAGAGAAACCUUAUGAAUGUAAUCAGUGUGGUAAAGCCUUUGCAAUGAAGGAUAAUCUUCUUAGCCAUGAAAGAAUUCAUACUGGGGAGAAACCCUAUGAAUGUAAUGAAUGUGGUAAAGCUUUUGCACAGAAGAGUAGUCUUCACAAUCAUGAAAGAAGUCAUAGUGGAGAGAAACCCUAUGAAUGUAAUCAAUGUGAUAAAGCAUUUGCACUGAAGAAGUAUCUUCUUAGGCAUUUAAGAAUCCAUGCUGGAGUAAAACCCUAUGAAUGUAAUCAAUGUGGUAAAACCUUUGCACGGAAGAAUAGUCUUCACAGUCAUGAAAGAAUUCAUACUGGAGAGAAACCCUAUAAAUGUAGUCAAUGUUAUAAAGCCUUUGCAUGGAAGAAUUAUCUUCUCAGUCAUGAAAGAAUUCAUACUAGAGAGAAACCCUAUGAAUGUAAUCAAUGUGGAAAAGCCUUUGUUGAGAAGAGUAGUCUUCACAGUCAUGAAAGAAGUCAUAGUGGAGAGAAACCCUAUGAAUGUAAUGAAUGUGGUAAAGCUUUUUCAGGGAAGAGUAGUCUUCGCAGCCAUGAAAGAAUUCAUACAGGAGAGAAACCCUAUGAAUGUAAUCAGUGUGGUAAAGCCUUUAUCCAGAAGUGUAGUCUUCUCCGUCAUGAAAGAAUUCAUACUCGAUUAAAAUUCAUACUGGAGUGAAACCUUAUGAAUAUAAUUAAUGUAAUGAAGCCUUUACAAUGAAGAGUCAUCUUCUUAGUCAUGAUAAAAUUCAUACUGGACAGUACCAUAUGGAUGUAAUCAGUGUGGUAAUUUCAGAUGUGAACUCCCAUGUGGGUGCUGGAAACUGAAGUGUGUUUUCUACAAGAGGUACUUGUUUUGUCAAGCUCUAUAGGGGUCCAGGUCCCCAAGAGAUUGAGAAAGGAAGGAGACUGCCAUGAUUUGAGGUUGAAUUAGCUUAACUGCUGCUUUAUUGAAAAACAACUAUACCCUUUAUACUCUAUAACUGAACAUUAGACUCAAGCAAGAUUGAAAGGAGACUUAAUGAUUCCAUGAUGAAAACAGCCAUUAACCUUAUCACAAGAUUUUUCUUUAGGCAAAAGCAAUUACUUCAGCAAGUUUUUAAAUGCCUUUCUGGAUGUGAGCACAUUGUUUCCUUUCAUAAUGUGCUUUCAUACUUGGAACGGGGUGUAUCCAGUUAGUAAAUCAUUAAGUUUUCUAUUUUUGGUGUAAUCAGGGGUACACAAUGGGGAUUCUUGUCUGGGAGUAGGCGUAAGUUAUCACACUGUAUGGUUCCAUGGUGAUGGGAUUUUUUUCCAACAAUUUUGUUUAGAGAGAUUGCUGUUGUAUAUAUCCCCACCCUCUAUUGUAGCCUACAAAAAAUUUCCGCAGCAAAAGGAAUAAGGAAACUCCAUAACAUAGUGAGAAUUAUUUAAAUGGAAAGUAAAAAGAUGCUGGAGAAUUAAAAUCUGCAAUGUGGAAAUGCUGGGACUUUGUCAAGCAGAAAUGGUUACCUAGGAGUCCACGCCAGGUACUAAACUACUAAACCAUCUCUCAUCCCUAUUUCUUUUCAGAUUUAUUUUAUUAUUGUUGCCUUUGUGAUUGCACAUGCACAGUAUAAUUUGAAAUCAGAUGAUAACCUGCACAACCCAGUCCUCCCUUACUACCAUUUGGGUCCUAUGGACCAAAGCACAUCCAUCAAUUUUGACUGCAGGCACCUUUACCUGCUGAACCAUGCCAUAACAUCCACUGAGCCCUGAUAAUGUUUAUGUUAAUUAUUAGUUUUGGGUUUUGUUUUUAAAACAGGCUCAUCAAGUUCAGGCUGUCCUUCAACUCAUGACCUUUCUCCUUCCACCUCCAGUUACUGAGAUGAUAGGUUUCACUACCAUUCCCUGUUUUUGCAGAAGUCUUGUAUAUGCUGAGCAAUGAGAGCCAUCUGAGAUGAAAACAUUGAUGUCCACAUGUAACCCUGUCCCUAAAACAAACAAAAAAUUGCAAACAAAUAAAAACCUUUGUUAAAAGAAA